CCGCCACAAACAGCGCCCUCCAGUCUCAACGUCGUUCCGGCUCGUUGAGGCUCUGUUGGUUUUUCCUCGCAACGACGUGAACUCUGCCACACUUGCAUCUGUCCUUUGCCGUAUCCCGCAUCCCGCGGCCACCACCACCACCACCACCACCACCACCACCACCACAACUCUGCAAGUGGGCUCCCGCGUGGCUUAACCUCGACCUGCCUGGAAAUUCACAGAAACAUCGGAUCAACGCAUCUUUCGCACAAAUCAGCCACAACCAUGUCGACCUUCCGUCGGGUCGACGCCCGCCCCCAGGACCCUCCAAUCCCAGGAAAAGAAUACUACCCAAACCAACCAAAAUCCCUCGCCGGCAUCGCCCUCCGCGCCUUCCUCCUCGGCACAACCUUCACCCUCGGCCUCCUCUCCCUCUCCCUCCUCCUCCUAAGGACCUCAUCUCCCCUCUGGCGCCUCCCCUUCUUCCUCUCUGCCCUCUCCCUCUUCCACUUUCUCGAAUUCUACACAACGGCAGCCUACAACACCCCGCAAGCAACAGUCCAUGCCUACCUCCUAACAGCAAACUGGCCCGCCUACGCAAUCGCCCACGCCACAGCCUUUCUAGAGUGUCUCCUCACAAACCUCGUCUUUCCCAAUAGCGUCUGGGCGCCCUUCGGCCUCCGCACCUUCCUGCUCAUCACAGGUUUGCUUCUGGUCGGGCUGGGCCAGACGGUCCGCUCCGCGGCCAUGGUCACGGCGGGCCAGAGCUUCAACCACACCAUUCAGCACUACCGCGCAGAGUCCCACACCCUCGUCACGGGCGGCGUGUACGCCUACUUUCGGCACCCUUCGUACUUUGGCUUCUUCUGGUGGGCCAUUGGCACGCAGCUCGUCAUGGGGAACGUGGUGUCCCUGGUGGCGUACGCCGUCGUGCUGUGGUACUUCUUCUCAAAGAGGAUACGACACGAGGAGGAGCUGUUGGUCAGGUUCUUUGGACAGGAUUAUGAAGACUAUCGCAAGCGUGUCGGGACCAUGAUUCCCUUUUGCGGGUAGCAUGAACUCCGUUCUGUGAUAGUUGGUCUUUUGGCGCGCAAAUAGAAAGCAGACAAGAUGCUGUUGAGCCAAAUGGCAAGUGUUGUGUUUUGUCUAAAACCCAGAGAUCAUAGUGUACAUAGAAAAAAUUACCAGGCCAACGCCGUGCCCCAUUAAACGUAUGUUCUCGCUGGUUACGAGCUUGCAACCGAGUUCCAGGCCAUUU